CCCCUUGUUGUAUACUAUUCAGAACCUGGCCAGAAUGUCUUAAACUUUUAUUUUUUUACCUUUCAGAUCUGAAAAUGAUCGCCUUCGGGCCGCAGCCUACUUGCAAACGGCCUCUCACCUCCUUAGAGAGCCAAAUAGUGAUACAGCACGUAGUGCCACAUGUAUUCCCUACCACCCAUCAGUUCAGUCUUUGCGGCCAAACCCUUUAAUCCCUCACAUUGCCUCUAACACGCAUAACUCAUCCUCUCAAGAACAAAUGCCUGUAGAAACCUAUAUCCCCCCACACACGAACACACACAAAUGCACCCCCACACCGUGCCCUAGCCCACAGCAGACCUACAUCCCCACACACUCCAGCACAUUGUCCUUUCAGGGAGGAAGUAUAACUGCCUUGUCACAGCAGGGAAAUAGGCACUCCUUUCUCCCCAAAGCACCCAGCAGCAUUCAGUCCACUUUGAGGACUCUUUUUCAGCCCUAUAAUGCUGCAGGACAAAGUGGAAGGAUGCAUAGACAUAUGCAGGUGUUUUGUUGUGUGCAUGAGCCUCUGUGCACUUUGGCACCAUCACAGGCAAAAAAAGAAAUGUUAACUUUAGCAGGCCUUGGUCAUCGUAGACUAGAACUCAAGUCUGUGACUGGGACAUUUGAAGAGUUUCGGGAUCAGCUCUUUGAAGCCUACCCUCUACUAAUAAAUGCUGGUGGGUUUAAAUUGAUGAGAGGUGGUAGAAGCCAAACAUUGGAAGACAUCCCCAUGCCAGUCUAUGGUUACACAAUCCCUUUUCUCAAGACCCUAAGUUUGCUUCGCAAAGCAAUAGCCUACAUUAUACCAUUGCAAAAGGCCCUCCCUCUCAACUGUGGCAGCCUACCAGUCAUGGCUGAUAUGAAUGUGAUCAAAGAAGUUUGCCAGUCCUGUUCUGCAUCCGUACCCCUGUUUGAAUUACAGAAGCAUAUUCAGCAGUGUGGACGGGCCAGUUUGCAUGAGGAGUCCAUAAUCCAUAUGUCCAGUUUGCAUGAGGAGUCCAUAAUCCAGUCAAGCCCUAGAGGAAGUUCCUCCUGGCCUUUGAGAGUUGUGUUGAUACAAGACCCUUUUAUGGAAAAAUUCAAUCCGAAUGAUGCUGAGAAGAUGCGAACUGUUAUGGUGUCUCUAUCCCUGAACACCCAACAGUUUGAGGAAGUACUACGUAAAGAGUUCCCUUUCCUUGGGAGUUCACCAUUUGAACUCUGUAGACUGGGGAAAAACAGACUGUUGCAUCCCCUGUCCUGCCCAAUUAAAACACCAUCUGCCAUCCGAGCCAGUGGGGAGCUUGGCCGAUCCGCUCUUUAUAUCAGGCCCCAGGUAUUUGUCCACUAAGUAGUACAGUACAUUUGUGAAACUUUACAUCUUGUAUAAAUAAUAAGUGUUUGCAUAUAUACAGGUCAGGCUUAACACAUGUUUAUUUGUUUCCUGUCAUUUCUGCUGGGACUUCAGAGGAAAUGUGCAUCAACUUUAAAUUGCUGGUGUAUCAUUCUACAUCUUUCUAUGAAAUCUUUCUGCACCAGACACUUAACUAAUUUAACUUGUUUACAUGCCCCAAUGUUCUGGUUAAAUGGGCAUAUGUCUGGUCUUUUUAGGGUUUAGUCAAUAUUUGGGUUUUUUAGGAAUAUAAGAUUAAUCCGGUUAUGGCAAUUGGAAUGAGGUGCUUACACGACCACGCUACCAGUAAAAUACAUUUUAUUUUAUAUUGCAGAUAUACUCCAUAGCAAUAGCAUCCAUCCCUUUCAACAAGACUGAGCCCUUAGCUUUAAAUAUUUAUAUAACUAACAGACUUACUGUUUGCUUUUGUGCUUGAAGGAAAAUUACUCUGAUGGUGGGUCUCCCACUCCUGCUGUCAUUAGAUCAGCCCACCCCUCCCCUUGCCACCAAGGGACUCCCAGUGUCGUAAUCGAGGUAUCACAUGCCUGGCCUUUGCCUCCUGUCUCUCCACCUUCUAUGAAUCCAGCCUGCCCUCCUUGCCAGCAAACCACGGCAACGCCUAACAUCAGCCCAGCCUGCUCCCCUUGCUGGCGAUACACGCCGCCUCCUAACAGCCCAGCCUGCCCACCUUGUCAGGCAGCAACUCCAGCCUCGUCACCUCAUUCAGCCUCAUCAGAUAUAACAUGGUCUCCACCAAAUGAGACAUUUGAAGAAAUAAUUUUAGAUGAGACCUCAUUUGUUGGCGUUAAUGAAGCAGACUUGGAAGAUUCACCAGAUCGUUUUGAAAGCCUGGUUAAAGCGUUACAGAACAGGUUGCCUGAACUUCCACCACCACGGAGCAACACAAUUAAUGUUGUUAGGGAUGAUGUAUUUAAUGUUGUUAGGGAUGAUGUAUUUAAUGUUGUUAGGGAUGAUGUAUUUAAUGUUGUUAGGGAUGAUGUAUUUAAUGUUGUUAGGGAUGAUGUAUUUAAUGUUGUUAGGGAUGAUGUAUUUAAUGUUGUUAGGGAUGAUGUAUUUAAUGUUGUUAGGGAUGAUGUAUUUAAUGUUGUUAGGGAUGAUGUAUUUAAUGUUGUUAGGGAUGAUGUAUUUAAUUGUGCAGAAAGGGCCUUUAAACGACAAAGGUUCAACCCGGAAGCCCCCCAUUUGGGUCAGUGGAGGGGGCUGUAGACCAAUGACGGGUCAGUGGAGGGGGCUGUAGACCAAUGACGGGUCAGUGGAGGGGGCUGUAGACCAUGACGGGUCAGUGGAGGGGGCUGU